AGAUAGGAUGUAGGUCAGCAGCUUCACACCGAGGUACACUGACUAGAGACUUGCAAACACUGAGACAACAUGAAAGGUGUCGUAGCCUUCUUGCUGGUGCUGUGUUACCUGGCCAUCAGUGUUGCUGCCUGGACCUGCACAGAGGCUCCGCGGCUGAAUAAUGUUCAACAGAUUGACGCCGGGCUUGGGAAAGUGAUUGCAAGAGACCAGAAUUACCCGUAUUUCCUGGCUGGAUCAUCUUGGUACAGACUGAGCACAAUCAGACUCAAGCAUGUCUCAGUGGGACCUGCAGGAAUCUGGGGAGUUGGCUACAAUAACUUGGUCUACAAAUACAUAGCUGGCAACUUUCAACAAUCCUCUGGUCUGUCUAUGCUGCAGGUGGACGCGGGAGGUGAUGAGCAGGUCGUGGGAGUUAAUAGCGCCUGGGGCGCCUACUGCCUGAGAAGUGCGUCAGCUUUGGCCUACAGUCGACCGAGCUCCCUGAGCUGGACUUACCUGUCGAGGUCGAUGAGGUACUUCAGCUGCAGCCCACACAACGGAUGCUGGGGAGUCGACAGGUCCUACCAGGUCUACUACGCACAAGUGUACCCAAGCACCUGCAGAAGCACUGCCUGGAGAUUAGUGUCGGGCAGAAGCCUGCUAAUGAUUGAAGCGGGGACUGACGGAAAGGUUUUUGGAGUGUCCACAGCAGGCCAGGUCGUGCAAAGAGCUGGCAUUUCCAGUCGUUACCCAUAUGGCACAUCCUGGGUCACCAUCCCAGUGUGCAUGCGAAUGCGCCACGUGAGCUACGACCUAGGCAAACUUUGGGUUGUUAGCCGGUCUGGUUUUGUCAUGCAAUGCUCACACUAAUGCUACGUGUAAGUCAGACUCCCCGUGUGCACCAAUCUCCAAUCUAGGGACAGGAAUCUCCUUAAAUUGAAUUCCAUCCCUAUAACUUUCUAUCCUUUCUUCAGAUUACUCAGUACAGUACAAACAAAUGAAUGAGCAGCAUUUUAUUGUUUUCUCAAGGCAUCUCCGUGUUAUUAGGCUACUACUUAUUUUGGAAACGGUUAAAAUUAAGGCUUCAAGAAAUAAUUAAUUCUUAGAAGCAAUGUGAGCCUUUCUUACAUGAUUCAGUAUUAAUGCACAAAACUCAUUAAUCAGACUGUAAAAUUGUGUUUUAUGAAAAAAAUAAAGAUAACAUUAAUUACAUGAGGGAAAAUUCAUUCUUUUGAUUCAAACUCAUUGGAAUGUGAAAUAUAAAUAGCAAAUGAGAAUAACAAAUGAACAGUGUAAGAGUAACCUAAUGCACCUUUUAAGAAUGUCAGGCAUGUAUAACCUCCACCUGCAAGUUGUCAUAUUUUCUACUGUUUUCUUUUUAAUAAAUGAUAAGUGAAGCAAUUUCA